CAUCUUCUCCCACUCCCACGUCUCAUUGCUACCAAGCCCAUCAAGACUACCGCAGGUCGCUCUGUCAUCUUGUUCCUGGAGAAGAGCAUUUUAACAUCGCCUGAUAAACCUCGAAGAUGGCUACGGAGGCUUCUUCACAGGUACCGAUACCACGUAUUGCCAUCAGGUUCUGCACACAAUGUAAAUGGAAUCUGAGGGCCGCAUAUUUCGCACAAGAACUACUUCAAACAUUCAGCACCUCGAUCGGCGAAGUCGCGCUGAUUCCAGUGACUGGAGGUAUCUUCACUGUCACAAUCACACACGUUGUGCCAACCUCAGAACCAGCUGAAUCAUCAUCCUCUUCUGUCGCUGUGACUGAGACACUGCUGUGGGAUCGAAAGGCUGAGGGCGGGUUCCCCGAAACUAAAGAACUGAAGAACAGGGUGAGAAACGUGAUUGAACCUGGCCGUGACUUAGGGCAUAUCGAUCGGAGUUUGAAAAAGGGUCACAGUCAGGGCCAGAGCCAGGUCCAGGCUCAACAGGUCGAUGCUGAGCCUGCGGAAAGUGAAAUAGGCAAGGCCACAGAGACGAGUCCUGCGGUUCAUGAUAACGACCCGGGUAGAGGGGCGAUUGGAGAUGCACAGGCGAAAUCAGGGAAUGGUACUAAAUGCGAGGACUGUCCAUGAAUUAUGAUGUAUAUCAUCAGGAGAUAAAAGCACGGUGUAAUUUUCUUCUUUGAUAGAGUACAAGAUUACGUUUCUUCCGGCGGGUUUAAUGA